CCAAAAUCGCAUCCUUAUAUAUAAUUCGAUUAUUUAUAUGAUCCCGCACAGUUCGCAGAAUUUUCAAAUUUUCAAAAAAACCACUCGCGAACAUCGUAAAUAUUUGAACAAUCUGCAGGGUUUGCAAAAAUUCUUCAAAUCCUGUAUUCAUUUUGCGUUGACACAAUCACAACUAUCACAAAUUAACGUUCACUAUCACAAACCGUAGCGGCAGACACAAUUUUGUCAAAACUAAAAAAAUAUAAUUCUACAAUAGGCAAACAAGGUAAUAUAUAGAAAAAACCAAUGAGGGUGGGGUAAAAAAAGUGGUAGGAAUCAGAUAAACCCUAUUGGCAUUUAUCGAGAGCUAAAUGGUACAUACGCCGUUUACCCAUGACUCAAUACACGGAAAUCUGUAUCCGAAAUAACUGUCGAAUUAGUUAAAUCGUCUGAAAAACGAAGAUGCCAAAAACCGUCGACUUGCCCUUCGCAGAUUUGCGGUAAUGCACUCCGGCGCCUAUUUUCUAUUACUCUAGACUUAAAGGUUUUCUUAUCAUUGCUUGACAUCAAAUAUUUCCGUCUUUGCAAGUCGCGACAGGACUUACAGUGACUGUGUCAUCUUAAAUUGACGAAAAAAUGAAAGAUGCCAUAAACGUCGACUUGUCCAUCGCAGAUACUUAAAACUAUUUGCGGUAAUGCACUCCGGCGCCUAUUUUUCUAUUACUCUAGACUGAAAGGUUGUCUUAUCAUUGUAUGACAACAAAUAUACCCGUCUUUGCAAGUCGCGACAGGACUUACAGUCACUGUGCCAUCAUUUGGGGAUCUGACUAAGUGGCUGGGUAGUGAAACAUUUCUAUGUAAAGUCAUUUCUUCAAAAAUAUUUAAAUGUACGGAACAAUGUACAUUGUCGGCUUAGUUAAAUCAUCUGGAAAAAGGUACUCACCGACGUCUCAGGCAUUUAAAAGGGGUAAUGCAAUAUUGGCGCCUUCUUUGUUAGUAUAGACAGAAAACUUAUCUUAACUUUACAUCAUCUACUUCUUUAAGUGCAUAAGUAAUUGUCUCUGCAAGACCUUAGAGGACUUAACAUUCUCUGUGUGAUUACCUGCGAGAAGGUAUUAGCAUAGUGGCGCCCAAUGUUACUCACAAAGAAAAUUUAACUUUCGGCAAAAUUGUAAGACUCGUACCUACCUGUCGUUACCCUAUCCCUCCCUUUGUCAUCCCUCUGAAAAAUUAGUUUUACUUUAAACUUUAGAAAAUACAGACGCUCUUAUUCAUUCAGCUUCGUAGUACCGUGUGUUAUUCCUGAGAACGAUAUGGCCAACAAUCUGUGCAUUAUAUUAUUUUCCAUCAGGCGGAAGGCCCCGUCUAGAAAUGAUCUUCGCAAAAGAUUUAUAUGUCGGUUUUGUGCAAAAAACCAUAAAGGACCAAUGUGGAUAGGCCACAUCCAUACGUUGGCGAAGGUAUAUUGCGCUAGGUGCAAUGUACAAAUUGUAACAAGUCGGAGAUUCGUUUGCCAAGGUAGACAGCUUGGAUUCACGGGCGGUAGAUUCAACUACACCCACUUCGUCAGAGAGCGAUAUUAUCCACUAUCGGAUGAAGAAGACGACGGCGACAGUGGUGUAGAAUUGUGAUGUGUGUAACUAUAUGUAUGUAUAUAAAUAUAAUUAUUAUUAUUAUUAAUAUGUAAACCGGCUGUUCGGUAAUAAAAAUAUCUAUUUAAA